UCCUGAGCUGUUCUGCUGCCUGACCCCAGGGAGAGAUCUCACAGCAAGGCCCUGUUCCUAGCCAAGGUGGGGCCUGUCUCUGGCUCUGACUAGCCCUAGGGAGACACAGGUAAUUGAGAGAGAGAACUCAAGCACUGACUGGCGAUGGGCAGCAAGGGGACUAUGUAAAAAUGGCUGUGCCUUCUCCCCAUCUCAGCUCCUUGUGUGCCCCCGACACACACAGGAUCUCAGUUCUGUUAGCACUCGCCAGAGCCGGUGCAGGUCCGAGAGACCAGCGCUUCCAGGAAUGGAACAAUAACCCAGGCUCCCAGCCAGAGGAGAAAUGAGAAAUGCUCCCUCCCCUUUCCCUAAGUCAGUUUUCUGCUUCUGUCUAGUAAACAUGCUGAUGGAACUGGUUUCACCAAAACAGCUUCUUUUCAGUCUGCCUUUGCAGGGCUGGUAAAGGGAGAGUUUAAAAUAUUUUGGUGUUCUUAGCCCAGUGCCAGAUGCCAGUUCUGCACUAUCAAGCAUUUUACCAGCACCACACAGCCUGCAAAUUUUGCAUGCAGACAGAGACUGGAGAGAGGACCAGGCUUUAAAAUGGUCGGGAGCCCGGCCUCAUCUCUCCCCAUUUGCCCUCAGUGCCCUGACAAGCUGAGGAAUAAAUAAGACCCACCUUGUGAUCGUUUCAGGGGGACAGAAAAGAGAAAUGGCUGCACCGGAGCCAGCUAAGGUCCCGGUGACAUUUGAGGAUGUGGCUGUGUAUUUCUCUCGGGAGCAAUGGGGCCUUUUGGACGAUAUGCAGAGGGCCCUCUACAGGGACGUCAUGCAGGACAAUUACCAGACUCUGGUCUCACUGCGAUCUUCCAUUCCCAAACCUGACGUGAUUUCCCAGCUGGAACGAGGGGAAGAGCCCUGGGUCCCAGACCUCCAGAGCUCCCAGGAAAGGGAGGUCCCAAGAGGUGCCCGAACAGGGGACGACGUCAUCGCCCAGAGGAAUCCCGCAGGCGAUAGGCCGACCAUAUGCAAUGAGUGCGGGAAGAGCUUCAGAGGGAGCUCAAACCUCGUUCAGCAUCAGAGGAUCCACACGGGGGAGAGACCUUACAAAUGCGCAGCCUGUGCGAAGAGCUUCCGCCAGCGCUCGCACCUCCUCCAGCACUGGAAGAUCCACACGGGGGAGAGACCCUUUGAAUGCCCCGACUGCGGGAAGAGCUUCAGUGUGAGCUCCGCCCUCAUUAGGCACCAGAAAACUCACACGGGCGAGAGACCCUACGCAUGCACCGAGUGCGGGAAGAGCUUCAGCGUGAGCUCCGCCCUUACUAGGCACCAGCGCAUCCACACAGGCGAGCGGCCCUACGUGUGCGCCGAGUGCGGGAAGAACUUCAGUGUGAGCUCCCACCUCGUGCAGCACCAGCGCAUCCACACGGGGGAGCGGCCCUACGUGUGCGCUGAGUGUGGCCGGAGCUUCAGCCAGAGCUCCCACCUCCUCCAGCAUCAGAGGGUCCACACAGGCGAGCGGCCCUACGAAUGCACCGAGUGCGGGAAGAACUUCAGUCAGAGCUCGGACCUCAUCAAACACCAGAGAACCCACUCGGGAGAGCGACCCUACGAAUGCCCUUGCUGCUUUAAAAGCUUCACCUGGAACUCAGUGCUCAUUAAACACCAGAGAGUGCACAUGGGACUGAGACCCUAUGAGUGUGGCCAGUGCGUGGAAAGCUUCAGCUCUCAUCAUCCCUCAGAGAAACCACACACGGCACAAACCCCACUGAUGGAGCAUCGGGACACCAGCCAGUGUAAUGCAUUUGCUCCUAUGAGCAAGUCACUUCAACUCUCUGUGCUGCGUCUUCCACCUCUGCCUAAAGGAAAAUGGGAAUAAUGGGAUCCUCUGGUCUUUGUUUAUAGGAGAGGGCUCUGCUCACCCAUCACCAGCUGGGACUUUUCCUGGAAUUAUAGGGUUUGGGAGGUUUCUUUUCCUUUUACUAUAGAGUGGGUUGAGUGAUGUUUCUGGAAAUCCAGGUUUAGGAGAUUUUCCAGUGAGUUUGGUUCCAGUUUCAGUGAAGUCUUUAUUUGUUGCUGCGGGUCCUUGGAAUUUGGGUUUGAAAUGUUAAAAAUUCUCAAUAAAAGUUUGCAUUAAGAUA